ACGCGAUUCCAACGCCGUUAACUCACGUACCGAAUGGCGCUUUCGUUUCUAUCGCAAAACUCCGGUCUGUUGGAUUUACAAAGCAUAUUUGAUCCACAAUAUUCUCAUCAUCAACAACAACAACAACAUUUGAGCCACCACCCACAACAUCACAUUCAACAACAUCAACAACAACAAGAGGAACAUAUUCAACAAGAGCAGCGCACCCUUUCAACGAAGUUCGAUUUGAACCUUUUCAACGAAUUAGACCAAAUGGAAUUCAACAACAAUUUAAACCGAGAUCAAUACCAGAAUAAUAAUAUCAACAACAGCAGCAAUAAUCAGAACACCAACAACAACACUAACAACAGUGUAAGUGAAACCCUAAAUCAGAUCCAAAACCGCCACUUCAUCAGCGGCUACCAUCACCAGCAUAUUGGAUCGGAUUAUGAGCAAGUGAUCAACUUUGUUGACUCGCCGCCAAACUCCGAGGAAUCGUGGACAGAGACCAGCUCGCUAAUCGAACAAAUUACGAUUGUCGUAGACGCCCAGUCGAAGGACUCGCCGGGACCGCAAAUCAUCGACGUGCAGACCAUUUACCUGAACAGCGGCUCACGCAAAAGACGAAUGGAUUGGGACUCCUUGGACAUUGUCCAAAGUGAAAACUCACCAACAGCAUCGCAGAGCGGCGAGCUGCCCACCAAAGUGGCUCAUCAGGAGAAGGACAAGCACAAGCGCGAGAAGCACUCGGGUCGCAGCAGCUGGAGCGAUGAUAUUGGCUUCGAUCUGAAUGCCGAGUUUAACAGCAACUCGUACUUGAACAAUGAGAACUUCCUGUCGUUCUCGCCCACGCUGACCACCCUGAAGCAGGAGCCGCAGACGGAGCAGAUCAAGCCGAGUCCCAAGGUUUCCCUGGACAAUGCCGUGGGAUCGCCUUCCGUGGCCAUUGCCAAGUUGGAUGAGGGCCAGAAUUCUCCGCCGCAGGCUAAUCCGGGCCAGGAUUCGGCUUCCGGAGCGGGCUCGGCUGGAGCUGGGAAGCACGAUGUAAGCUCCGGCCUCGUCUGCGGAUGUGGCUCACCGCAGGGCUCGCCAUUAGCCAACACAGAGUACGAGUUGAACGAAAAGGGCAAGCCCCAGCAGCAACUCAGCGUUUUGGAUCCAGCUAAAAUCGAGAUCGUUUCGGCCAAUGGAGCCACCCAUUCCGAAGAUCACAAAUUUCAGUACAUUUUGGCAGCGGCCACUUCGAUUGCCACCAAGAACAACGAGGAGACUCUGACGUACCUCAACCAGGGCCAGAGCUACGAGAUCAAGCUGAAGAAGAUCGGCGACCUGUCCCUCUACAGGGAUAAGAUACUGAAGAGCGUGAUCAAGAUCUGCUUCCACGAGCGCCGCCUGCAGUUCAUGGAGCGCGAGCAGAUGCAGCAAUGGCAGCAAUCCCGCCCUGGCGAACGCAUCAUUGAGGUGGACGUACCGCUCUCGUACGGCCUCUGCCACGUGUCGCAGCCACUGAGCUCCGGCUCACUGAACACCGUCGAGAUUUUCUGGGACCCGUUGAAGGAGGUCGGCGUCUACAUCAAGGUCAACUGCAUUUCAACCGAAUUUACCCCAAAGAAGCACGGCGGCGAGAAGGGUGUGCCCUUCCGACUGCAGAUUGAAACCUAUAUAGAAAACACAAACAGUGCCAACACCACCGGCUCGAGCGGCAGUAACACCAGCGGUGGUGCCAGCGGCAACAGCAACGCCAGCGGAAACAGUGGCUCCACUGCCCCAGCAUCUCCGGAACGGUCUCCCAAUGGCGGCAACAAUGCCAAGCAGGCGGUCCACGCAGCUGCCUGUCAGAUCAAGGUUUUCAAGCUAAAGGGAGCUGAUCGUAAGCAUAAACAGGAUCGAGAGAAGAUCCAGAAGCGUCCUCAAUCGGAGCAGGAGAAGUUCCAGCCCAGCUACGAGUGCACCAUUAUGAACGACAUAUCGCUGGAUCUGGUGAUGCCUGCCACCACUACUGGCUGCUACAGUCCCGAAUACGGGGCGAUGGGAAAUUUGAAAUGCGAAUUCCGCGAUGGAGUCCCUCGCAUUCGUGAACAUGCGCUUGCAUCUGAAGGAUCGUUUCUCCUGCCAACGCCAGAUACAGAACGAGCUCUAUUGGAUUUUAUGAAACUCUGGCCAAAUUCGCCCGUGCACAUACCCAAGUACGAUGGGAUGCUUCCGUUUGCGCCAAGUGCAGCAUCGCCGGCUACCAGCAGCAGCCCCAUUGCCAUUAACUCGGUGACUUCGACCAACUCGCCCACCCUCAAGCUGAUGGACGCCACCAACAUGGUCUCACCGCAGCAUGUGCCCGCUGACAUCGACGAUUAUAACCAGAACAUAAUGCCGGAAUCGACGCCGUCGCAAGUGACGCAGUGGCUGACCAAUCAUCGUCUCACGUCCUAUCUCUCAACGUUCGCACACUUCUCGGGAGCGGAUAUCAUGCGCAUGUCCAAGGAGGAUUUAAUUCAAAUCUGCGGCCUGGCCGAUGGCAUUCGCAUGUUUAACAUUCUGCGCGCCAAGACCAUUGCUCCCAGGCUAACGUUGUACGCCAGUUUGGACGGCUGCAGUUACAAUGCUAUUUACUUGCUGUCGAACACGGCCAAGGAGCUGCAGCAGAAGUUGUUCAAGAUGCCAGGAUUCUAUGAGUUCAUGGCCAAGGCCAGCGCCCAGGAGAAUGGAGCCGGCGGAGGCGCCGCUGCUGCUGCUGCCGCCCUCUUCAACAACUGGGGGAUGCACUCGAAGUACUCGGGUAGCGGCUCAAAUAUCUUCAACGACGCCAACAAAAGCUGCGUGUACAUAUCGGGUCCAUCGGGUAUCCUUGUGACCGUCACCGACGAGGUGCUAAACAACGAAAUCAAGGACGGAAGCCUCUAUGCCCUGGAGGUGCAGGCCGGCAAGGUGAUCCUCAAGCUGAUCAACAAGCAGGACAACAACUAAGCGAUCUUAUGGUUACGUAGACCCACUGUAGUAGCACCACCCGAGCAACCAAGUAUAGUUUAUAGCAUUUACACGCAGUUCGAUAGCAUAUCGAAAUCGUUUUCUAUGUAAGCUUCAAUUUGUAUGAGAUUUCGCGCAGCAAUUUUGAACAAGUAAAAAGCCAGCAACCCGAAACCCUGUUCCCCAAAAUCCCCAAAUCUUCGUUAAAGAACUAGUGCAAAAUAUUUAAGAUUUCGUUUUCAGUCCUCACUUUAAGUUUUGUUUAUUUUAUAUGUAUUUUAUACCACCUACGAUAUACGACUACAUAUGCACAUUUAAUUCUCUGAUGCGAUUGCAUUUCGAUUCGUUCUUUUCUCUACUUUUAAUUUCUUUUAUUUCUAUGGCGCAUGCUUAUCACAUAUAUAACGAUUAUAUAUUUGUUUGUAGAACCCAACCAAUAUCAAUUAUUUGAAGUAGAAAGAAAAAAACCCAAAAAAAAGCAACAUAACUAUACAAUAAUGAUUAUUAUCUUCAAGUACAGUACCACGAAUACAAGAAUUGAGCAAUUGUUUCGAAGCAGAGUUCAACUAGCAACCAAACAACAACUUUUGUAUGUGAUAGAAGCAAUAAAGUGUUAUCCACAAGUGGACUGUCAAAAA